AGAUUUCCUUUCCAGUGUGGCCCCUCCUCCUUGCUACGUGGUAGUUGCACUGAUCCCGGGAACCACAGCACCGGAGACCAGUUUAAAGGAGAAAAGCAACAGAUUUAGAGAAACCCCUCAAAUCAAGUAAAUCCAAGGAGCAAAAGAGAGCGACUGCCGCCAGAUUUGGAGGAAAUUCAAAGAGGAAAAAACUGGGUACGAUUCGCCUUUUCUUUUAACCAAAUUUUUCCACAUUUCUUGUGCAAAGGAAUUUGGGAAUUUUCUGUAGUGUUUGCACUUCUCAUAGCAACAGAGAAUUUCAAUCAGAACGAGGAGAAACUUAUUUGGGAUUUUGUGCAUGGAACGGAUUUGCUCCCCGUGACAGAAGCAGAACAUUUAUUUGGAUCAGCACCAGAAUGGCCCAGGGCCCACGUUGUGGCUUUAUGCUUCUGUGUCUGGCUGUUGGGCUAGUGAAGGCUCAGUAUGAACGAUACAGCUUUCGGAGUUACCCCCGGGAUGAACUGAUGCCGCUGGAGUCUGCCUACAGGUACGGCUUGGACCAGUACACGGGCGAGAAGUGGCCGGAGACUGUUAAUUAUCUAGAGAUCAGCCUGAGGUUGUACCGGCUUCUGCAGGACAGCGAGGCCUUCUGCAACCUCAACUGCUCCUCAGCCCAAAUUCAGUACAGCCCCGGAGAUUCUAGAGAUACCGAGGGAGGUCGCUUUGGAGAAUUCCCUGAACUCCGAGUAUUUGGAGAUGUGCUUGUGAGGGCCCAGUGCCUGAAGAGAUGUAAGCAGGGGCUACCAGCCUUCAGACAGUCCCAGCCAAGCCGAGAGACCCUACAGGAGUUCCAGAGCAGAGAGCCGUACAAGUUCCUACAGUAUGCCUACUUCAAGACAAACAACUUGCCGAAGGCCAUUGCAGCCGCGCACACGUUCCUGAUGAUGCACCCAGAAGAUGAGAUGAUGAAGAGGAACAUGGCUUAUUACAAGAGCAUGCCUGAGUCUGAUACACACAUCAAGGAUCUAGAGACCAAAUCAUAUGAGAGUUUGUUCAUCAGGGCAGUGAGGGCUUACAACGGAGAGAACUGGAGAACAUCCAUUUCCGAUAUGGAACUUGCCCUGCCGGACUUUUUCAAGACCUUUGAGGAAUGCAUUGCAGCCUGUGAGGGAUCCAGGGAAAUCAACACAUUCAAAGACUUUUAUCAUUCUGUAGCAGACCAUUACACUGAAGUGCUGAAAUGUAAACUCAAGUGUGAAAGUCACCUCACCCCUGUGAUUGGUGGGUACGUCGUGGAGAAAUUUGUGGCCACCAUGUACCAUUAUCUGCAGUACGCCUAUUAUAAACUAAAUGACGUUAAAAAUGCUGCUCCAUGUGUGGCAAGUUACCUGCUCUUUGACCCAGAAGAUGAAGUGAUGAAGCAGAACAUGGUCUACUACCAGUAUCACAAGGACAAAUGGGGUCUCAACGAUGAAAACUUCAAGCCCCGACCGGAAGCAGUGAAGUUUCAUAAUGUUACCACCAUGCAGAGAAAACUCCAUGAUUUUGCGGUGGAGAAACUUGGAGACAAUGAUGAGGGAGAUGUUGUUGAGUAUCUGGAUGAACUCUUGGCUGAGCAGUGGUGAGGAGACGUCACAAUGUCCGAUUCUGUCCCUGUCACCAUGGAGAUCACCGUUCCAGCUGCCCGAAACCCUCUUUGGAGGAAGUCUUCUCAAACACACAAUAGUCUUCAGAGACUUUUACAUCUGGAGCAAGUUUCACUCGUAAACCUGGGUGGGUUCUGGAGAAAUCACAGACAAUGUCCACGCCGUUGUUUGAACGGAAAACUGUCUGGACUUGAUUUUUUUUUUUUUUUUUUUAUAACCACCAUUUUUGUGGCAGGUAUUUUUGCAUGAAAAAAAUUAAAAACAACCGCAUUUCCAUCCCCCAAAACAAAUAUAUCUCGAGAUUACUUUGUAAGAUACUAUUAAAGGGGUUGUUCACCUUUAAAUUAACUGUUAGGGGCAGGUGUACUAAGGGUCGAAGUGAAUUUUUGAAUUUAAAAACUUAGAAUUUCGAACUAUUUUUU